ACUCGACCACGAUCAGGGUUCUGGAAGAAAAGAACAAUGCCACCCCUCUUUAGUUACCAGCUCUACCAAAUGUCCACGUCCAUCCUCAACUUGGCACGGUCAUCCGCCUCCUGCCCGCAGGAUAUCAUCGUUGUGUCCAUGAACCAUGGUCAACAACAUGGUCAACGAGGAUUUUUGCAGCCACGUACGACACUCAACGGAGUCCAGAAGCAGUUGGCAAGACAUGCUCCCCGUGUUUCUGAUCCAAAUUGCUGUACGAGUGAAAUGGCGUGCUUCCAAUGGGAAUCGCUUGAUGUUACCGACCACAGAUGCUGAUGAUACACUGCAGUCGUGCCUCACCCUUUUCUCCGCCUUUGAUGGCGCAUCCGGACGGCCACCAAACCUCCCCCGAUGCUGCUCUGUUCCUAGCCAUGGCCUCUGCCUUGUAGCCUUGCCCGUCUGGUACACUUCCACCGAGGAAAUGGCCGACUGCUGCAGCCAGGAACGCCCAGGAACCGAGAGUACCACAGCGUGCCACAACGGUUAUAGCUUCGCGGAACUUCAUAGGCCCUCGACCGACAUAACACUGGUGGUACCGAGCACAGCAGGUUCAAGUUGCCAGGAACAGCUUCUCGUAGCUUGGAGCUACUCCCUCGGCCGAAGCUGUUGUCUGGCAAGGUAAGUUGGCAAAGGCAGGGCUAGCAGGGGAUAUAGCUCCUCAAAAGCCUUGCCCUUCUUGAUGUUCCUACCUGCACGGGUCAUCCUGGCCUUGACAAGUCUGGAACAGGUUGUCGAUGCCCAUCACAAAUUGAAUGUCUUGCCAGGGAUUCACCGGGCCCGAGACGCCCAAAUUGAGGCUCACCACCCAAAUUUGGCCAUGGCCGCUGGUUGAUGGUCACCCUCGAUACUACAGCAAAGUCUUGAACCCAAUCUUGCCAUUACCCGCUA